GAAGAGCCAGCAAAAGGUUCAAAAGCUGAAAUACAAGCUCUUGUAGAUAGAAAGACUAGAAUUCUCCAAGAAGGUUGUGGUAAUCCAAAGGAUUUGAGAUUGCCCAUUGUUGCUUUCUUCCAACUCAUGCCCAUACCUUAAAGCCCUCUGUGCCCAUUGCAAGUCUAUUGAGCAAAGAAGCAGAAGGAGAUAAGAGGGGACUAGGGGAGCUUGCUGUUCAUAAUUCAUGAACCCUUUGUUAUUUUGUGGCAGUUAAAGCAAAGUCGGUUUGAUUUGGUUUUGGGGGUUUAAUAAUCUCUUUUGCAAAAAAGCCAAAGUGGGCAUUUAUUUGAAAGUGGAUAGGCUUUAGUGGGCAUAUUCCAAUUUUACUAUAAACCACACCAGGAUAAUCAAGGGGACAGAAAUACAAAAUCUUGGAAGUAGCUAUAUAGAAACUAUUUCACCUCAAGAAUGUCUAGUGCCUUGCUGUGGGUUGUUUCUCCCUCGUCUGAGCUAUCGAAUGGCACUGGAAUCUUUUAUUCGGUGAGGGAGGGAAUCCGGAUUGUGGAUUCGUCGAGGUUCCUUGGCAGGAACAGGAGUUUGGUGUGCAAAGGCAGGGCUAAGAAGGGUAAGAAACAAAGAUGCACUUUGGCAUCUUUCAAUGCAGACUCGAGGUAUCUUUGUUCGGGAGGGUCGAGCUUGAAGAAUGGAGGGAAAUCCUACGUGCUUUCAAAUGCGGUGGUUAGUCCAGCCGGGGAAAUGGCGAUGUCAUCUGAGCAAAAGGUGUACGAUGUAGUGUUGAAGCAGGCUGCUUUGGUGAAUAGGAAGUUGAGAUCCAUAGAUAAUUUGGAGGUGAAGCCCGAUAUAGUCCUUCCGGGUGAUUUGGGCGUGUUGAGUGAAGCUUAUGAUCGAUGCGGUGAAGUAUGUGCAGAGUAUGCUAAGACGUUUUAUUUGGGAACCAUGCUAAUGACACCUGAGAGAAGAAGAGCUAUCUGGGCGAUAUAUGUGUGGUGUAGGAGAACUGAUGAGCUCGUUGAUGGGCCUAAUGCAUCGCAUAUAACUCCAACCGCCCUGGAUAGAUGGGAGGCUCGGCUGGAAGACGUAUUCAGAGGGCGCCCGUUUGAUAUGCUUGACGCUGCACUAUCAGAUACAGUAUCCAGGUUUCCAGUUGAUAUUCAGCCCUUUAGGGAUAUGAUUGAAGGAAUGCGAAUGGACCUCUGGAAGUCGAGAUACGAUAACUUUGAUGAGCUAUAUCUGUACUGUUAUUACGUUGCUGGUACAGUUGGUUUGAUGAGUGUCCCGGUUAUGGGCAUUGCGCCCGAAUCAAAGGCAACUACAGAGAGUGUCUAUAAUGCCGCUUUGGCUUUAGGCAUCGCAAAUCAACUAACCAACAUUCUCAGAGACGUGGGCGAGGAUGCCAGACGGGGGAGGGUCUAUUUACCUCAAGAUGAAUUAGCUCAAGCGGGACUCUCUGAUGACGAUAUAUAUGCUGCAAAAGUUACUGAUAAGUGGAGGAACUUCAUGAAGAAGCAAAUCAAGAGAGCAAGGAAGUUCUUCGACGAGGCUGAGAGAGGCGUGACUGAACUUAGCUCCGCUAGUCGAUGGCCAGUGUGGGCGUCGCUGCUGUUGUACCGCAAGAUACUGGACGAGAUCGAAGCCAACGACUACAACAACUUCACAAGGAGAGCCUAUGUAAGCAAGCCAAAGAAACUGCUUGCAUUGCCUAUUGCAUAUGCAAAAGCUGUGAUUCGACCAUCAACAACUGCUUCCCCUCUGGCUAAAGCUUGA